GAAAAACCAUAAAUCGUGAGCGAUAUUACUAAGUUGUAAGAUUUAACAGUUACAAUUACUACUACAGUAUGAUAUAAAACAAAGAUGUGACGGUGACAACGACCACCUUCGUUUUUCUUCUUUCACCCUGUAGGAUACAGAUUUUCUUUCACGAGGACUGCUUAUACAGAAUAUGAUGAAGCUGUUGUUCUGCAUUUGUAUCAUUCACUGCUUACAAAUUUCACUACAAGGAGAGAACAUCAAGAAACACCAAGAUAAAGAGCCAUAUAGUUUCUUGGUUCAACUCACUGAAGAAUGUGAUGAGAAGACAUACUUGGAAAAGAUCAACAGGUUCUUCCAAAAAGCUGUUCAAGAUGAAGAUACCAUCAAACCAUGCAGUUUUGGCAAAACGAAAAGCAUUGGGAAAUUCAGAUAUUUCAUUGCACAUUGUUUUCGCGAAAGUGAUGUGGGACAGUUGAGGAAUGUUGACGCAGGAUGUGUUAAAAGGAUUGAAGAGAAUGGAAUCUUAGAUGUGGAUGGCAAGAAAUGCAAAACGAAAACUGGCAAAUUCAACAAUACACAUUGCUUUCCCAAUAAAGCACAUUCAUGGGGUCUCGACAGGUUAGAUCAAAAUGGCAGCACAAAACUCGAUCGAAAGCUCCAUGUAAACUAUUUUGGACGGAAGGUGACCGGUUUUAUAUUUGACACAGGAGUUGAUCCUAAAAACCAAGACUUUUGUGACAGAUUUAGCAAAAAGCUCAGUGUUAAUGCUGUCGUGCUAGGGAAGAGUGCUUGGGAUAAACAUGGACAUGGGACGCACAUCGCAGGACUAUUUGGUGGUUACAAAUAUGGUGUCGCCAAAGAAGCCGAUAUUGUCUCUGUGAAAGUAUUAACAAAAACGAAGAAAGAUGGCCUAGCCAAUGUUUUAGCAGGAAUAGAAUAUGUAAGCAGUUUGAAUAUGAAACGUAAGAUUGGGGUAAUGGCCUUGAGGACUCCCAAGAGUGCCAUCCUAAACGAAGCUGUAGACGCAUUUGUUGACAAGGGAGGCAUCAUGGUUGUGUCCGGAGGGUCAGCAAAUUUGGACGCAUGUGACUUCUCCCCCGCAUCAUCUGUGAAGGCUAUAACUGUAGGUUGCACCACACAGAACGACACCAUAUGUGAAACAUCGAAUUAUGGCCCGUGUAUAAAUAUAUUUGCACCAGGCUGGUCAAGCAUUGGGCCAGAUAUUGGUGGCGGUGAGGCCGUCUAUCAUGGUACAUCUCAAGCUGCAGCAUAUGUGGGAGGAAUAUUGGCAACGAUUUGGGGAGAAUUUCCCUCAACUAGCGGCAAAUUUAUCAUCAAGAAGUUUUAUCAAUUGGCUGAAAAGGGUGCUUUGUCUGGUCUACGUUCAUCUGAAACUGGCUCACCCAACUUGAUGGCCAGGGUAGCACCGUGUACACCACAUUAG